AUGGUGCUGGAGAAGCUGACUGUGGCCCAUGAGUUAAGAAUUGGGAUUUUGGGUCAUGGUAAAAAUCAUAAGGAUGCUGCCUCAGUCAGGGCUACACACCCCAUACCUGCAGCUUGCGGCAUUUAUUACUUUGAGGUGAAGAUUGUCAGUAAAGGUAGAGAUGGGUACAUGGGAAUAGGACUUUCUGCUCAAGGGGUCAACAUGAAUAGACUUCCUGGGUGGGAUAAACAUUCGUAUGGAUAUCAUGGUGAUGACGGGCACUCGUUCUGUUCUUCGGGGACAGGACAGCCCUAUGGCCCUACAUUCACAACUGGAGAUGUAAUCGGCUGCUGUGUCAAUCUUAUCAACAAUACCUGCUUCUACACAAAAAAUGGCCACAGUUUAGGUAUAGCCUUUACAGACCUCCCUUCAAAUCUCUACCCUACAGUGGGUCUCCAGACUCCAGGAGAGAUAGUUGAUGCCAACUUUGGGCAGCAGCCGUUUGUGUUCGACAUUGAGGACUACAUGAGGGAGUGGCGAGCAAAGAUUCAGAGCACCAUUAAGCGGUUUCCCAUAGGAGACAGACUAGGCGAGUGGCAAGCCAUGCUGCAGAAUAUGGUUUCUUCCUAUUUGGUUCAUCAUGGGUACUGUUCAACAGCAGCUGCCUUUGCCAGAGUCACAGACACCACAAUCCAGGAAGAGCAGACCUCAAUAAAGAAUAGACAAAGAAUACAGAAGCUAGUAUUAGCUGGCAGAGUGGGAGAGGCUAUAGAAGCCACCCAACAACUCUAUCCUGGCCUUCUAGAACAUAAUCCCAAUCUGCUCUUCAUGUUAAAGUGUCGGCAGUUUGUGGAGAUGGUGAAUGGGACAGACAGUGAAGUACGUUGUUUUAGUGCCCGCAGCCCCAGAUCCCAGGACAGUUACCCUGAGUCCCCCAGUUUAAGUCCUAGACAUGGAUCAAACAACUCACAUGUUCAUAGUACUGGAGCAGAUAGUCCAACCUGUAGCAAUGGAGUCAUGUCCACAAAAAGCAAACAGAGCCGUAGUAAAUACCCAGCACUGAGUUCAUCAUCUUCCUCUUCCUCUUCCUCCUCCCCCUCAUCUGUGAACUACUCUGAGUCCAAUUCUACAGAUUCUACCAAAUCUCAGCAGCACAGUAGUACAAGUAACCAAGAAACCAGUGACAGUGAGAUGGAAAUGGAGGCUGAACAUUAUCCCAAUGGAGUCCUGGAAAACUCAUCCACCAGGAUAAUGAAUGGCACCUACAAACAUGAAGAGAUCCUGCAGACGGAUGAAUCUAGCAUGGAAGACAACUGCCCUCAGAGGCAGCUCUGUGGAGGGAACCAUGCUGCCACGGAACGAAUGAUCCAGUUUGGACGGGAGUUGCAGUCACUGAGCGAGCAGCUUUGCAGAGAAUAUGGGAAGAAUACGAUGCACAAAAAGAUGCUUCAGGAUGCAUUUAGCUUGUUAGCUUACUCUGACCCUUGGAACUGCCCUGUUGGUCAGCAGCUGGACCCAAUCCAGAGGGAACCUGUGUGUGCUGCUCUUAAUAGUGCUAUAUUGGAAUCUCAGAACCUGCCAAAGCAGCCCCCGCUGAUGCUUGCCCUGGGCCAGGCCUCGGAGUGCUUGCGGCUCAUGGCUCGUGUGGGCUUGGGCUCCUGCUCCUUUGCCAGAGUAGAAGACUAUUUGCACUAGCCACCAGAGCAAGAUGGAACUGACAUCCUUGAGUGCUGCCCUUCACCCUCCGUUGCUGCCACUACACCACCUCGUCUAUAGCCUGACCUCCCUGCCACCAGCACCCCCUCCAGCACACCCACAUGCACAUACACACACAUUGCCUGUGAAAGGAUUGUUAUUUCCUCACUACAUGGCCAUUCCUGACCCCAGGAGUGACUGGCAGAUUUUAUCUGUCUCCCUGCCAUUGCUGUGGCUCCAGCAGCACUCAGUAUUUCACUAGUUAUUCUAAUAUAGCGCCUUCCAAUGUAAGGAUUUCUCUUUAUUUUGAUUUGAAUUGUUUAUGAUGGAUCCACCAGUAUUUUAUCUGGAGAGUUUUGCUGACCUGGUUUCUGCUGAUUUACUGAGGAAGCUCAUCAAGUUGGUGACAGCUUGUUCUUUUCUUCCCUCCUCCCUCCGUCUGUGCACAUGCAGCAUCAUCUUCUGUACUAGUUACCUGAACUCUUCUUGCAGUGGCAGAUCAGAGGGAUUUUUUUUUUUGAAUCCUGUUUAUUAAAAAGGUCUCUUCCACCUCCACAAGGUCAUUGAUGUAUUUAUUGCCCACAGCCCCGGUUCCAGCCACACGCAUCUUACAUCACCCCAGGAGACUGGUGAGUUGUGUCCUGUCUUGUGCUAAUGAUGGGAAUUGGAGGAGCUUGAUCUUUCAGGGUACAUGCCUCACUAAGAGCACAAGGCUCUCAAGACUUGUAUUUGUCAGUGGGAAGAAGAGAAGUCUUGACGUUGCCUAUGUAGUCCUUGUUAAUGGCUACACUGUAAAAGCAUCUCAUGCCCUGAGAAGGAGGUAGAUCCAGCUCUCACAGCAGCUGCAGGACAGGCCUGACUAACUGGAAAUCAUUUACCACUGUACUGGUAGGAGCAGGUCAUGUUAGCCUGUAAGAAACAUUCAUGAGUGCUGCCAGACUGGGUGGUCAGUUUUUGUGUUAAGCCACAAAUUCCCCUUCUUUUCUAUGUAGGAGGGCUUUCUCACUAGGACUCUGUAGUGUUUGCUGGUCCCUCAUGUAACAUUGACCUAAUUGAGCACCUCUAAAUUAUAGAAGUCCCUUGAAAACACUAGUCUGAACCGUGCUCUUCCUUGCGGGUUGCAAAUGCUAAGGUCAGGCUGUGGGUGAGGAUAGGUACUAGCUUCAUAAGGUCUGAUCCAUUCAGGAGGGAGCAGCACUGUUUUUGUAAGGAUUCUUAAGGUAGUGAUUUCAGUUUCAGGUCCAAAAGUGACCAGCAAGGGUGUGUGGGUGGGUAAGCUCAAAGUGCAACAGACUAAUGCGUCAUUGCUGUUGUAUGUAUCAGGCCCAGAGACUCAUUAAAGUGCCGCUAAGCCUUUUGUAUUCAAACCAUUUGCUUGUAAGUGUUUAUGAGUGUGUACUUAUAACUGGUGAGGCUGUGUAUGGAGACUGUAUACUUUGCAUCAUGCAGCAUAUUCCAUUAUGAGACUUAAGGAUGAGUGUGGCUGCACAUGAGGAAUUCUACUCCUGCACCAAAGGAAUUUUACCUCUGUAGCUGCAAGGAGGAUCCAGGGGAGCUCAGACCUAAGAUGUCUUUUUACUGCUUGUAUGGCUUGUCCUGUAUCUCUGUGUGAUAAGUGUGAUGAGCAGUGGGAACAAAGAGCUGUAGCUGUGUGAGGAGGCUUCAGGAUACCUCUCUGAAGUAUCCCAGAUAUUUAAAGAUUUUCUGUAUUUGCAGACUGCCUUUGAAAUAAAGGCAGAGUAGGGGGGCAGUUGUCUCCUGCACUGCAGAACUGGACUGUUUGUGACAGUGCUGGAGGCUAUGGCUGUGAAUGUGCAGAUGGCAUUGGAGGUGGUGGGAAAUGCCUACUGCUGCUACCUUUUGGUGAAAGUCUACAGCGUGUAGAGUCAGUGCUGGAGCCAGAAUAGUCUAAGGAGGCAGGGAACAUGAGGUUUGUAGAUGGAGGAUAUGUUUUAAUUAAACCAACUAGUAUAGUUAAAAAAAAAAAAGGUGCAACUGUGAGUACCAAAACCCUUCUUCUAGUCACAGACAGAAGUAGAGUAUGACACUAAGCAGAAUUUAACCUUGCAAUCUGCUGCUUUUGUUCAGUUCUGGGGAAGAGCUUAUGUGCCUGAAAGCUCCUCUAUUUAUUUUCAACUGUGCUAGUUGGCCCAGUGACGGAUAUUACCCAAACCUGGAGUCUUUUUCUUGCUACCACUGCACAGGCACUUUAACUUGAUGGACAGGCAUCCUUUCUGGAGCCUCUGUUGCUGGACCUAUCACUGCUGCCUAAUGUAUAACCAGUUCCCAUAGUGUCACCAGUGCUGUUGCUGAAACUGAGGCAGCAUGUAAACUUUCCUUGGUGGGAGUUCUUGCUGCAAGCUCUCUUUUUCAUAGCACAAGACUUAGAGCACCCUGAUGGGCUCAUUAUGGGAACUUAGGUUGGAAAUACUCUAGUCUCUGACUUUUGCCUUUUACAUUUGACUACUUCCUGUGCUGUUGGUCAUCAUUAACUUGCUCCUGUCUACCUGUAGUCAAACCUCUUUCAUCUUUGUAGCAGUACUGUCUUUAUCUCUUUUAAGCUUUCCUUGUUUUUUUUUUUUUUUGUUCCUACUUUUUGUGAUAAUUUGUGCUUCCCUAAGGCAAGUCUAUGCUCUGUCAUAUAUCAAUGCCCCCUUGGUCUCUCAGAAAAGCAGUGCUGACUGUCCUAGAGCAAUUGUUUUCAUUUUGGUUUCCCUUUGCUACAAAGAACCAGAAGAUGCUCCUAGAUGCCUGGUUAUUCUCGUGCCAAGAAAUGUGUGAAGGGAUGGUCUCUCUGGGUGUUCUUGGACACUGUUGCUGUGGUGGAACACCAUGUUGAUGUUGUGUUGAGGUUAGUGUUGAGAGGCCACAGUCUUAAUGAUUACACUUAGCAGGGCUGCAUCACUCUUUCUGCCACUAGCAAUAUGCAUCACUUAGUGGCAGCAGAUCCCUCUAAACUAAACAGCAGUGAUACUCUUCACUUCUUAUACUCAAAGCAAGAGCGUAGGUUGGUUUGUUUUUCCUUUCUCACUUGACUGGCUUCCUAACUGACCUGACAACUGUAAUCAACACACAUUAAUACUGUGGGCUUCUCACAGGCUCUUGUACCUGGAGACCUGAUUCUGGUUUUUGGGGCGUGCCAAGGCUUUUCUGCUGUGACAUCUCUGUUCUGCGCCCCUUGUUUGUUCUGUGAUUUUGUGUGUUCUUGCAGCUUCACUAAUUAUUAUGUUUAGAUUCUGACAAAUGUUCCUGCUCUUUACUGUGGUCAUAAGUCAGUGUGGGGAAGAUGUGCUUAUAGUGAGUGUGGGUGUGUAGGCAUAGGCUUGACCCUGUUGUUGAUUCCUAUAUGAGAUUUCUCACUUGGUUCUUCCUAGAUUAUUUUUCAAAGCCUGGUGGUCCUUGAGUGUCCCUUGCUGCUCCUUGAUGGUUUUUGUGUUUUGUAUUUGACCACAAUGUCAGCUGAGACUUAAUUUGAUUUGUUGCAGUCACUUCUAAAAAUUAACAAAAUUAAACUGAAUUAAGAUCUUUAAUUUUGAAUAUGAGCAUGACCUAACAAGAGAUUUCAUGCAGUUAAAUUCCUUUUAUAAAUUGAUUUUGAGUUUGUUAUUCCAAGUGCCUCAUGCUUUGCUCAGAAGCAGAUGAAUAAAUGAGAGAGGCCUUAAGAACAGCCUGGCUGAGACUCCCCUUCAUCUGAGUAGCCCCUCACAGUAUCACUUCCUCUAAGAGCCCUUUGGUAAAGCCACCUGCAUGUUUGUAUAGUUCUUGGAGAAAUUGCUGGCUUCCCUUUUCUUGGUGAGAGAUACAGAGUCUCAGCAUGUACAUGACACAUGACCCUGCAUGUAAUGCUGGUGGCAUUGGAUAUGGGACUUUCAUCACAUGAGGUUGACACAUAAGUUGUUCUGCUGUGCUAGUUUCAGAUCCUGGAAGAGGGGUUUCCAAAAAACAGCCACAGACUAUUCACAGUCCAGGAAACCUUUCUAGCCAUGCAGUCCCAAAAGAGGCUUUCUAACUGUUGCUGUCCUUACCAGAACAAGCCAACUGCUACAGCUCUAACAGCUAAACCUCUUCUAGCUCUGCUAUGACUGCGUAGUCAUCUGCACAUUCAGAGGAUCUCAGCUGUCAUCUGAUGAGUCCAGAGUCAUCACCACAGAGCUAUAAUCUACAGAGUGCCAAGAACCUCCCAGAUGUGUACUCUGGACACCUGCCACUCCAUCUGCUUUCGUCAAACUCUGUGUAGCAUUGAUAGCCUUUCAGAAGGAUAAGAUGUUACAGGGACCUGGUGGAAACCUGCUUUCAGGGGUGGUCACCUGUAGCCCAGCACAUCAUGAGCUCUGUUCUGCAGCCCAAUACACUGUUAAGUGGCCCUUUGAGAAUGAUAUUUUGGGAACUCCAGACCUGAAGCCUUAGUUAAAGUGUCCUUCAGUGGUUCUCCAGAGGCAGCUUUGUGGAGCUAAAUUAUAUCACCAGGCUUUCCUCCCUGUGGACAAGGGUUUGCACUGUUCCUACAAUCAGUGAAUGAGAGCAGCCACACCAACAGUAACAUUUUGGAGAACUUUUGAGUGGAAUGAAGGAUCAGUUCAGGAGUUAGAAGUAUUGGAAUAGCUGGGAUAAGUGUUUCUGGGACCCAGAAAAGGGAAGCAUUGAGCAAUAUUGGCAGAGGUUGCCCAGAGCUGGAAGAGCAAGGAAGCUGCAGGUGUGGAUCGUGGAGCAAAGUGAGAGGAUUGUACCUGUUGAACGGGAGACCAGGGAAGUAGUAGGAAGGGAUGUAGUGAAAGCAGCUUGGGAGAAUGUAGAGCUUGCAAUGCCAUGCCAGAAUGCUCUUCAGAUUUCUGGCAGUGUUUCAGCAGUAUAUAGCUGAAGAGCAGAAAAGGUGCUGCUUCUUCUGCUGUUGCCUUCACUGAGUAAGGAAUGGCCCUUGACAGCUGUUGCACUCUAGCUGCCUCCUGGCUAAUCUGCAGGCAAGAAGCGCUGAAUGUCCAGGCAUGCAUAGCACUGCAGGGAACUAUCACCUGCAGCUGAUUGUCUUAGUCUGCCAAGGAGUUUCACUUGGAACCCCUUAAAAACGAGUGAGUACUCUUGGUGACAUGUCAGCCCUGCUGACCACCACACUGAAUGUGUUUCAGGUGCAAAGGGGCCUGUGCAGAUCAAUUCCGUGUCCAGCUAGAGGAGCUGGUGCUCUGUGCGGUGCCUUGUGCCAUGGAAAAUAGCAUAAGUGAGACAGAAGGCUGUGUGGGGCAGCUCUUGUCAGGCUUAGUGUGUGGGAGGUAACUGUUUUGGCAGUGUCGAAAAGGAAGGAGGACCUGGUCUGUUGUUCCUUCAAGGUUACCAGGAGCAAAUUUUACCCUUCAGGGGCAGUGAGAGCAGGUGAGAAAAAGCAUCAGUUUUAUUUGAAGGGCCUCUCUUUCUGGAGAGAGUCUGGAUAAAGUCUGAAAACUUCUCCCCAGGUUCUGCCCUCUCUCCAAGCUGCUGAUGUUGAUAAAUGUUAUACAAGGGUGUUGAAGCACAUGACCUUCAUCCUGGAGCCCCAAGAGCUAACUAUUCCUUUCAUUGCUGCUGGUCAGCAACUGUGUUUAUCCUGCAAUAGAAGCAACCGUUGUCCUUCUCCAUAGGGACCUGCUAGCUUCUGUGAAAGUCCCCCAAGGAUGGUACUUCACUAAAUCUAAAAAGAUUUAAUUGGAAGGGACCUCUGGAGGUUUCUAAUCCAACCCUCUUCUCCGAGCAGGGUCCUAGCUUCAAAGCUAGAUUGGGUUGUUCAGGGCUUGUCCAGUUGAGUCUGGAAAAUCUCCGAAGAUGGAGAUGUCACCACCUCUCUGAGCUCUGUCCCAGUGCUACACCACUGUCAUAGAGAACAAUUUUUUCCUCAUAUCCAGUCAGAGGUUCCCUGGUUGCAAACUGUACCCAUUGCCUCUUGUCCUUUCAGUGGCACUUCUGAGAACAGUCUGGCCUCAUCUUCUGCAUUAACCAUCCCACUGCUUUUAGGUAAGUGGAAUAUGCAGUUAGAUCCCUGCCUUCACCUUCUCUUCUCUGGGCUGAACAAGCCAUAUUCUCUCUGCCUCUCCUCAUACAUCUUGCACGCCAGUCCCUGAUCAGCUUAGUGGCCUCUGCUGGAUUCCCUUCAGUUUGUGAACUGUUGACUCCUCACAGAAUCACAGAAUCACAGAACAGUUGAGGUUGGAAGGGACCUCUGGAGGGACAUCUACCUGCUUAUUCCAGUUUCUUCUGAUUCUUUACAGCUGCAUCUUCACCUGUCCUCAAGUUGUGUCGCUAUUUAUCACUUAGUCUUGUUACGGCAGCAUUACCUUUCUUUAAAUAGCUUUGUUCUUGAGACUCACUUGAACAAUAGGAACAGCUAGAGCUGGUUUAGUUAGCUCUGGGGAGUAAAUUUAUCAUUUUCCUCCUUAGGCUUCAGACAUAAUGAACCAUCUCUUUGCACAGCAGAGCAAACCUUGUUGGAUUGCUGUGGUGCUACUGUGCUUUGUUAGCUGUUUUUUUUUAGUACUCAUGUAACACAUGUUGUCUAAAUGUAUGUUUCAGAGUUCCCUCUGCCAUCAUGCAGUUGAUUGAGAAAGCUAACCAUGAUACCCAGGGUAUAUAGCAGUGCAUAAAUGCCAUGAAGUUACACAGCGCACGAAACAGCCUCAGGAAGUUCUUUCAACUGCAGCAACAUGCAUGUUAGGAGGCAGAGAGGUCCAUCAUGCUUCAAUCCUGAGUGCAGGGAGGACAUGUGGAGCUGGUCACACCUUUAUUUUCCAGUACAGUCAUGUUUAUGCAGGAUGCCUGGAAAGACUGCCCAGCAUUGUUGGGUUCCUACAUGGGGAAAGGUAAUGAACACAUUCUAGAAAAGGUGGUUCUGGUCUGCCCUGGUGUCCCCUUCACAGCAGUGGCAUCUUUCUUAAAACUCUGCAGCCUGUCUAUGUUAGAACAACCUGAGUAGUGGAUUCUGAUGGGAGCAGGUCACCUACAGGAAGGUGGUGGUGGGACUCCAGCUGUAAGCUUCUAUUCCUAGAUGUUUCUGCUGAGGGAUAGUAGGAGGACAUGUGCUGUGUGCUGCUGGGACCCUACUGCGCCCGCAGAAGAAUGAGUGGCAGAGAGAAAAUGCAUUCCAGCAGCUCUUACUCUGAGCCAAAGCUGUGUGUGAGCAAUGUCCUGUCUGCUGUGGAAGGACAAAAUGCUGGAGGAAGUGUUGGGGCAUUUUUUAAAAAACACUUAGGGAAGAAAAGGGAGCAGAUGAGAGCCUUCAGGCCUCUUCCACAGGAAGCACUAGCUGUUCUCCACUAUCCUGCUGUGCAACAAGAGAUGGAGGAUGAUAGAUGAGUAAGCAUGGCAUGGUGCAUCUGUAUCCCUGCAUCCCAUACAGAGCUUAGAGCCUGCCACCUUGAGCUGCAGUAGAGCCCAGCAAGCCGAGAGUACCUCCAGGGUUGAGGAACACACACAUGCACCUUAGCUUCCUGCCUGCUUUUCUUUCCAAGAGGUGGAUAUAACUGCCUCCUGCUAACAGCAAGCAGAGUUCUGUGUGGGAUUUACACUUCCAUCACUGCAGAAACAUUCCUGGCAUGGCCAUGCAAACCUCUGCUUCUUUUGAGCUUCCUCUGACUGGGAGACACCUCUUCUCUGGUCACUCCAUGUGUCUGGGCACGUGUUCUGAAAUACAGAUCCCUUGCCCUAGGAGGGCUUUAGCUGCAACCAGGAAGAGACAAAGGGGCUUUUGUGGACUGGGCUUCUCACAGACUGUUUCUGAGAAGGAGAAGCAGCAGCGGCUCUGGGGAUAAUGAUUUUUAAGAGAUUUUUUAAAAAUAGGAAUGUUGCAACUCUUUCAGACUAAGGACUCUGCUCAGGCAUUUGAUUGGGAUUUUUCCCUCAGUCCUAUCUGUACAUGCUUUUCAUGGUUCUCCAGACAGGGGAGGUGACUGCUGGCACUUGAAGUUCUUGCACAUAAUCCAUUCAGCAGUGCAAACCCAAGGACCUGCCUGCAAUGCAGUUAACUCUCGUCUGCUGGUUGCUCAAAACUCAGGUAUGAAACGCUCAGCUGGAGCAUGGGGUGUGAGGUCUUUGCAGGUUUCCUGUCAGCCCUGAACAAUGGCCACAGUUCAGCUGUGACAGAGCAGUUUUCCCUCUGCUGCUCCAGACUUUUCAUCACUUUUCAAGGAGGGUUUUUCUUUUUCUGAGGGUGCAACAUCGACUAAAUGGGCAUUUCACAUAUUGUGCACAUUGGUUCAGUUUAAGCUUAGUAUUUGUGAAUUAAGUUAUCCAAUGCUUCGCAUGAAAACUUCAAAACAGGGGGGGAUUUUAACUGAGAACUGAGUAUAUUAAAGUUUACUGGAAAUAUGGUAAAGAAAUCAACAUUCUGCUGUAUAUUGACAAAAUUAUUUUUAUUAAAAUACACAUCCAUGUGCAAGAGCUAG